AUGGAAUCCAUUUCCAAUGUGCACGUGCUGCCAUGUCUAAUAAAGGAGCCGGGCCCCGCCGACGUGGCUCGCGGAUUCUCCGACGGUGUGUUCAGCCUCGACGCUGAGUCACCGGAAGGCGACUCCGGACUAUGCGGUUUCACACUGCUUGAUGUCUGCGGCGAGGUGGCGGAGACGGUACCGUUCCAGGUUGAGGUCACGGAGCACAUGGAACGGGACGUUUACGCCUCGCAGCAGGGGACUGAUCCAUUGCUAGGUCGCGAGCGUCUGUGCGCAUUUUUGCGUGGUCGCUGCCUACGUGGCAGCCAGAUCGACCUGAGCUCUUUGGGAUGCCGGCUGUCGAUGGUGGAGGUAUCCCCGCCAUCUGCCUCUUCUUCCUCUACUCGCAAGAGUCCUAUCGCUAGCAACCCCGCCAUCCGUUCGCAAACCAUCCGCGAAACAGCGGAAGUUAAAUCAUUGACGUGA